CGAAAACCAAAAAAAAAAAAAAAGGAGCAAACGUGGAAGAUGAAAAAGAGAGAAGGGUCGCUUGAACGUCUCUCUCUCUCUCCGAAGGUUUCUUUCUCUCUCUUCACCCUUUGCUGAGUGUUCCCAUAACUCAGAAGAGAAGAGAGAGAAAGAAGCCGCGAUCACCAUUUUUACCUACCCAACUGCUUCUUGUUGUGGUCACUAUAGACGUAGCUUUUCGUGCGAGGGUUUCCUUCCCUCUUGGAAGGAUUAAAGUUCCUUUCUUUUUGCCUUUUUCUGUUUUCUGCUUUAAUCGUUUGAUUUUGGGGUGUAGUUUAUUCGAGAUGUUGGUAGCUAAUAGCUUUGAUCUAUGGCGAAAGGAUGCUUUUUUCUCUGCGGCGGAGGAGGUGCAGGAAUCAGCUGAUAUAAUGGAAUCUGCGUACAGGGCAUGGUUGAGAGAGAAGAGAGAAAGGUCAGAUUCUAACAAAUUAAAUGAACUAUGCAGGGAGCUGCAAACUGCUUUAGGUACUGCAAAAUGGCAGUUGGAAGAAUUUGAGAAAGCUGUCAGGCUAAGCUACCGGCAUCAUGGUGAUGACAAUACAACCACUAGGCAUAGGCAAUUUAUUACUGCCAUUGAAAGCCAAAUUUCCCAAGUUGAAGCAGCACUGAGGGAAUCUUAUAUUGAGGAAGGUAAGCAACCCCUUCGGUGGGUAAAUCUGGAUGAAGAAGAGCGAGAUGAUCUAGCUGCAUUUCUGUCUGGAACUUGUCAGACCACACAAAAUAAUAAUGAUGAAUGCAUGGAGGUUACUGCUUUGAUGAAAAGCUCACUUCACGAUAAACAAGUCAACAAAGAAGAUAAAAAUGUAGAUGUAAAUGGUUUCCGCAACUGGGAUAUCUCUACCAAUGAAAAGUCCUCUAAAGAUGUCAUCAAUAAGGAUACAGAUUAUGUGGUAGAAAUAAAAGCAGAUGCUGGUUCUAGAAAUAGUGAUGAUGUAAUUUCUCAAACAGAUAGAACAACUAGUACAAGGAAAACAUGGAGUCCACCUAAUUACGGUGCUUUAAAAAUUGUAAUUGCUGAUGAAGAUGAGCAGAGAAAUAAAUUUACACGGACUGUUGAUGCUACUCCUAAAGAGAAAGGAUUCAAACCUCACUUCUGGAAACAAAAAUGUGAAGAAUAUCCUCAGGCCAUGCGAGCAGUUCAUAUGUGCAAUCAGUAUUUCGGCCACAUUGGUAUAUGCCAGAGGCAGUAUCAAAGUCCCCUGCACUUGCGAUAUGGUCGUUCUGUUCAAGUUACACUUGCUCUUAUGGUGACCAUUUUUCUCAUUGUUCCCUUUGUUCUUUAUUCAACUUGAGUUAACUGGCUGCUUCUCUCAAACAGUUCAAGAGGGCUUUAAUUGUUUUUAUGGAUGACAAGGAAGCCACUGGCCAUAUGCGACUGUAUUUGAAUUGGUGGAUAAGUCAACUAAAGGGGACAGUUGAGACAAUCAGUGUCACCUAUUUUGUCAUUGUUGAGAUUAAGAUGAAUUUACGCUCUGUGGAUGCUGAUAAGGACAAUCAACCUCCAACAGUCAUAGCUGUCUAUUUUAGUUUCCUGGGCCUGUUAAUUGUACAUACAUUCAUCUAAUAUUUAAUGCCACUUCCGCUUUGUUUGGUCUCAAGAUACUCCUGUCUAAAUACAACCUUCAAUCCAAUGUUAAAUAUGACCAGGUUGAAUG